AUGGCGGACGACGACUACCUGCUGACGAACGAAGCGUGCAUAGUCAAGUACUCGAUGAAGGACAAGCGCUCAGUGGUCGACAAGAACCCGAUGAUGGACGAGCUCUUGCUGACGGACAAUUUGCUGGCGGACGAGUACUCGUUGGCGGACAACUACGCGCUGGUGAACAACUACCCGAUGUUGGUGGACAAGAACUCAGCGGUGGACAAACACUCGUCGGUGGACAAGGUGAACAUGUACUUGGUGGCGGCGGACCAGUACACGGUGAGGAACUACGAGGACGGCAACUUCAGCUACGCGUACACCAACUACACACAACUGGAUCCAGCGGAUCUGGAUCCAGGCGACUGCUCACUGAGCAACCAGAAGCAGACCAAGGACGCCGUGACGAUGCAGCAGAAGCAGCCAGUGUCCAAGUAG